UUUACCCCCUCGGCUUUUCAUUUAUCCGUUUCCCCUCUCAGUCAGAGUCGGGCUCGCUCUCGAGGUAUCGUAGGCAGGAGAAGAAGAGAAAGAGUAGCUUUUCCUUUACUACGGCUUCGCUUUUCUCGGAUCUUAAGGUUUAGGGAGUUGAGAAAUGGCGGGUAAGGGAGGGAAGGGGCUCCUUGCGGCGAAGACGACGGCGGCGAACAAGGACAAGGAUAAAGACAAGAAGAAGCCAGUCUCCCGGUCUGCGCGCGCUGGGUUGCAGUUUCCAGUUGGCCGAAUUCACCGGCUGCUGAAGUCCAGGAUUCAAGCGAAUGGCCGCGUCGGAGCCACUGCAGCCGUGUACUCAGCUGCAAUACUGGAGUACUUGACAGCAGAAGUGUUGGAGCUUGCAGGGAAUGCGAGCAAGGAUCUCAAGGUGAAGCGAAUCACUCCGCGCCAUCUUCAGCUUGCCAUUCGAGGGGAUGAGGAGCUAGACACCCUCAUCAAGGGCACCAUUGCCGGUGGCGGAGUCAUCCCACACAUCCACAAAUCCCUCAUCAACAAGUCCUCCAAGGAGUGAUGGUGUCGUUUCCAUUGGUUGGUAUCGCUAGGCAUGUAAUGUUUAUACCACUAGAUCAGUGAUUUGUAGCUCUUAUUGUGAACUUUUAUUAGGCAGUUUGGACAAAGAGUAGUGUAAGUGUUCAUCCUCUAUUAGAUCUGCUGGAUGUUUGAAAUUUCACCUUGUGUUUAUGGACUGUAGCUACGAUAUGUAUGUUAUCAUCAAACUUGCAUUCUUAUAAUCAUGUUAUAAGAUUCCAAUAUGGUAGUAAAAGGUGAUUACGUUGGUCCUUGUCAA